CAACCAUCAGCAAAAUUUUAAUGAGAUUUUAAUUAACUCUCGAGGCCAUCAGACUAUAAAAGCCCCCUGUUCUGACCGUCAGGCCAUGUUCGACUUUGCGGCUUGACCAUCUGCAGGGAUAAACAUGAUUUACGUCGCUUUUCUCUGUCUUUUUGCCGUCGCCUUCGGGCAGAGCCAAGACAACCCAUCCAAGAGAAUCGUUGAGAAAUGCCAACGUUCUGUAGAUGUAGCCAUCAUCGGUGCCGGUGCCAGUGGUGCAUAUUCCGCCUACAAGCUGAAGGACAAAAAGAUGACCAUUGAGGUCAUCGAGCUGACUGACAGCAUCGGUGGCCGACACCUGACAACCACACUGCCAGAUGUCUCUGACGUCAAGCUCGAGCUGGGCCAGCGCGUCUUCUCCAACCUCCACGAGAUCUCGAUGAAACUCGUCAAAGAGCUCGGUCUGACUCAAGAGGAGUUCUUGGACGCCCUCGGCGAGAAGGGAAACAACCGCUUCUACCUUAGAGGCCAGACCUUCACCCAGCAAGACCUGGAGAGGGGUGUCAAGAUUCCUUACGAGCUGACCUCAGAGGAGAAACAAAACCAGGCCAAGAUUGUCAGCUUCUACUUCCAAAAGUUGACCGGAAGUCCCCUGAAAUACAUGACCCGCGAGGAGCGUCUCCGUGUCAAGGUCAUCCAGACCAACCGCCCCCUGUACCAACACACUAUCGAUGAAGCUCUGGACCUGGUCGCCAGCCCCGAGGGCAAACAAUUCUUCAAGGACAUCGUCAAGGGCCAGUACUCCAUCUACAAGGACUCCAGCGCUCUCCUGCCCUUCACCUUCGAGCUGGACUACAACAGCAACAACAGCACUUUCUUCAAGAUCAAAGAAGGCAUGGACUCCCUCCCCAAAAAACUGAUCGAAAAAUUCCUAAAGUCUGACCCCCAGCGCAACUAUUUGACCCUGAACAGAAAACUGGAAGGCAUUCAGCGAUUCCAGAACAUGACCUACGUUCUGCAACUGAAACUGACCAAGACUGAAAGUGGCAGAACCUUUGAACUGGGUCCAGAAGAGUUCAUCUGCGCUGAACGCGUCAUCCUCGCCCUACCCAAGGACUCUCUUGACCACUUGAACUGGUCCAUCCUCAAGAACUGGAAACUGAGCACUGCCCUCAACGCCUUGAAACCCGUCCCCGAGCAGAAGAUCAUCCUCAGCUUCAGCAAACCUUUCUGGCUUCAACAAGAGCCUUACAAGGCCAAGGUCAAGUGCACCGACACCAUCCUCGGCUCCGUCCACGACUUGGGCAGCUCCAACAACAAAUUCCUCCUCAUGACCUCCCUCAACUUCGGCGAGGAGGUCCACGAGAUGUCACGACUCAACUUCCAGGGUAAGGCCAUCGACGGCUCCGUCCCGGGCCUCCUGCAAGUCACAGUGGAUCUGAAGGACCGCGUCGUCAGUGAACUUACCAAGAUCUUCAGCGUCAAGGAACAGAUCAGCGUUCUCGGGGGUGUGUCCAAGUUCUGGACCCUGCCUCCCCACAUCGGAGGGUCGACCGUAUGGAGGGCUGGCUACCACUGGGAGGACAUCAGGGACACCCUCCUCAGGCCAUCCUUCUCUGACAACAUCUACAUCGCCAGCCCCGACAUUGCUUUCGGUACCCGCCAGGCCUGGACUGAGGGUGGUCUGGAGAACGUCGAGAUUAUCAUGGAAAAGUACAUCUUGUAGAUGGCCGACAUGUUCGUGGUUCAAUGUUUUUUUUGUUUGGCAAAACGAUAAAUAAAGUUAUCCUGAAUUAA